UUAAAAUUUUGACAACUUGCUGGAAAAAAGUUCUAGAAAAAACUGGCAAAUAUUUCUAGAAAAUAUGUAAAUCUCAUGGAAUAAUUUAUAGUAGGUUAAAACUGUCAUGAAGAAGCAACCGGAAGAUAUUUUUCGUUCAAUUAUAUUAUACGUAUUAAAUGUAUGUUCCUGUGUAGUUUUAACACACUGCGGAGCAAAUACUCUUCAUUUAAUGGACGGCACUUCGACAGCGGAAGUUAUAAAUGGGGACAUAUUUUUUGAAAUAGUAGACCCUGCGGAGUUGGAAUACACUUAUAGGAUUCGACCAGCGAAAGAUUUUGGGGCUCCUUUUAACGAGUCAUUUCAUGUGAAAAAUGUGCCGCUAGUGCCAGUGAGUCCUAGAUACGGGUGUAAACCGCCGGACAACUUGGACGACGUAGAAGGAAAUGUAGCUUUUAUAGAAAGGGGGGAAUGUUCGUUUAAAACGAAGUGUGUGAUCGCUGAAAAAGCAGGGGCGAAAGCGGUGAUAAUCAGUGAUAUCGAUCAUUCAAGUGAGGAUUAUUUCAUAGAAAUGAUCGACGAUAAUUCCAGUGAAGAAGUGAACAUACCCGCCGCUUAUUUGAUGGGAAAGAACGGUUUAAUGAUCCUAAAAACGCUGGAAAAACUUAAGAGGAACUAUGCUAUAAUAAACUUACCUGUGAAUUUGACUUUUACGCCCGUGCACAAGAUGAACCAACCGCCGUGGUUGGGGUGGUGAUAUCAGAAGCAAAUCGUAGGAUUUUAAUUACUUUUGUGAUAUGUUGAGUGCAUAUUGUUCACGGAAAUUAUUUUUGCAUUAAAAAAAAUUAUAAUUUGUGGUUUUAGGUUCUUAUAUUUAAUUUAAAAUAUAGUUAAAGAGAUUUACGGUAUACGUUUAGUUUUAUGUAGUUUUGAUACAAAUUUUCUUGUUAAGAACAGUGUACAAACAGAUUUGCUCACUCUAGUCUACACAAGCAAUAAUAAUUUGUAAGAUAUUUAUCGUUGUUGUUAAGAACGUAUCCGCCAUUUGUACAUUUAUAAUUUGUUGCAAUAAAGUCUUGAGAAA